AUCGUCUAAGUCGAUCAUCCGUCGACAGACGUUGAGGACCAGCUUCGAUUUUCUCAUUAGCAUCGCCAGCUAUCAGUUGACACUUGUGCAACGUGGGAUUAUGACGUUCCUCUUCCUGCUGGGCCUCCGCUGGACCGAUCGUAGCCGAACAAUUAAAAAAUCGAUGUCGAAUUCGCGUGUCUUCUGACUUCCUAAAUUAAGUUCAACUGGUCUAUCGAGUUUUCGAUCGGUCGAGAGAUCCGUUGCGCGGCCGUGGGAUCCCAUAAGAUGCGGCGGUCGUUCCGUUUCGUCCUUUCGACGAUCUUUUGGCUAGCGAACUUCAGCGUCCUGUCGGCGAACGAUGAACGCUGCGAUUUGCCAUCGAACGCGACCACCACCGAGAAGUGCGAGUUCAAGGAACACGAUGGCCGGCUCGUUUGCUUUCACGGUCUCGACGACAGAUGGAAAUCCGGGAGCGAGGACGUCAAGACUUUGAUCCUCUGCCAUUGGUCCCUGGAGACGUUCGACCCAGCGUCCACGCUGCAUGGAUUCCCCUCCUUAAAAAAAUUCAUAAUCGCGAACGGCAGCUUGAGCACUCUGUCCUCCGCGUUCCCGUCGACGAUUCGACUGUUAGAGACCAUCAAAGUGACUGGGACCAAGCUACGGAAGCUGCCGGUUGACGUUUUCAGCAAUCUGGAGAAUCUGAAGCAGCUCGAUCUGAGAAACAACAGCAUCCAAGACGCCAACGUCGCGGGACUCGAGCUUCCCUCGUUGCGCCAUGUUUAUCUGUCAGGGAACCUUCUGAACUGCGCCGAGAGCACGAAGUGGAUACUGGACCAGAGGAAGGACUCCCUCGGUCAGAAGAUCGCCGACAGGAGGAGUCUCCGGUGCGCUGCGCCGUUCGAGGGCAGGCCGCUUGUCCAAGUCGUGGAAAUAAUCGAGACGCUCGCGGCGGAGUGCAAGAGAACGGUGUGCGAGUGCGAGCUGGUGUACGUCGUCGACGAAGGCAGGAAGCACAUCCACACGCGACUGAUGGCUUUCGUUUCGGUGAACUGCAGCAAUCGCGGGCUGACCGAGAUGCCCGAUUUCUUGCCGGUGAACACGACUACCCUUCGUUUGAUUGGAAACAAGAUACACGAUCUGAGGCCGCUCACGACCAAUCCCGUUUACAAAGGAGUAAUAGAUCUGUAUCUGGACGACAAUCAAGUUGAGAGCAUCGUUCAGUUGGAGGGAUCGCUUUGGAUAGAUCGUUUCCGGUUACUCAGUCUUCGCGGCAACAGGCUGACCGAUCUGCCUACGUACGCUCUAGCAAACGCGUUGCAACAGAACAGAAACGCCGUGUGCCUGAAUCUUGGAAAUAAUCCGUGGCGCUGCGAUUGCCAUUUCACGCCCGGUUUUCAGGAUCUAUUGGUCAAAUACAUGAACCUUGUGAAGGAUAUCAACGACGUUAGAUGCUCGUCGUUGGACGAAGACGACAAUCGUGGUAAAAUUAUACGGGACUUGACGCGCACGGAGAUCUGUUUACCACCGGAUGGAGACCCCCUGAUACGUCCCCUGGACGUUCUGAAUAUUAUAUUGGCGCUCCUGAUACUGCUUAUCAUUGGAAAAGUGCUCUACGACUACUGGUCCUUCAGGAAGACCGGGAAACUGCCUUGGAUCGUCACGAAGAUACCGUAGGAAAGCUGCCGUUUUUGAUCGAAUACAAGUAGUAGAGAAUGGAUUGUUACCUUCAACGUUGAUCUUCGAUCUUGAUCUUCACAAUAGAGAUGGUACACUUCGUUA